UUGUGGGAUGAAAUUUGUAAUUUAAUAAUUCGUCCACAAAGAUGUAUAUAUGAACCAUCGAUUGCUCUUGGUCCUAAAUUAUUUACUCUCGACAAUCGUAUAUUUGAAAGAAAGGAUUUUACAUUGACAAAUUCUAGAGGAAAGACAAUAGAAUGCUCUCAUUAUCAACCAAUAGAAUCACAAAGAACUAAAGAACGAUUACCAUGUGUUAUUUAUUGUCAUGGUAACUGUGGAUCUAGAUGUGAUGCUCUUGAUGCUGUCAGUAUUUUACUGCCAUACAAUAUUACAGUAUUUGCUUUUGAUUUUACUGGAUCUGGACUUUCUGAAGGUGACUAUGUGUCACUGGGUUUUUAUGAAAAGCAAGAUGUUGGAACAGUGGUGGAAUAUCUUUGGUCAACAAAGAGAGUAAGCAGAAUUGGAUUGUGGGGAAGAUCUAUGGGAGCAGCAACAAGUAUCAUGUAUGCAUCUACUGAUCAAAGUAUUGCUGGUAUUGUUGUUGACAGUCCAUUCACAUCUUUGGAAGAUUUGUCAAUGGAACUUGUUCACUCAUACCAAUCUUGGAUACCAAAGAAAAUGAUUAAAAUGGGAAUUAAUUUAAUAAGAAAGUCAAUUAUAGGAAAAGCAGGAUUUGACAUUAGAGCUUGUGGUCCAUUGGAGUGUGCAGGUUCAUGUUUUGUUCCAGGUUUAUUUGCUCAUGCUGAGAAUGAUGAUUUUAUCAAAAUUCAUCACUCUGAAAAGCUCUAUGAAACCUAUGCUGGAGACAAGAAUAUGAUUAGAUUCGAGGGUGAUCACAAUAGUGCAAGACCAGAUUUCAUGUAUGAUUCAGUCUGUAUAUUUUUCUACAAUGUCCUAGUU